GUUUGAGCUGUGGAAUAAUUGACAACUUUAUAAUUUUUGGAACUGGAUGUUACACGAAUAAGGUGAGACAUGGUCGUGUGGAAAGUUUUCAAGCAACAUCCAUACAAAAAAGGUUUCUGCGCAACUCGUAUUUCCUGUCUGAAAGAAUCUUCGAAGAAUACGGUGUGGAUCUUCGGCGACGUGUGGUGCGCGGUGUGGCUGGCGGUGGACGUGUGGAUGUGCACGGCGUCCAUCCUGAACCUGUGCGCCAUCUCGCUGGACCGUUACGUGGCGGUGACGCGGCCCGUCACCUACCCCAGCAUCAUGUCGCCGCGGCGCGCCAAGAUGCUCAUCGCGGGCGUCUGGGUGCUCAGCUUCGUCAUCUGCUUCCCGCCGCUCGUCGGCUGGAAGGACUCGCACACGGCGCAGCCCCGGCCGGAGCCCUGUCCCUGGACCUGCGAGCUCACCAACGACACGGGGUACGUGCUGUACUCGGCGCUGGGCUCGUUCUACCUGCCGAUGCUGGUGAUGCUGUUCUUCUACUGGCGCAUCUACCGGGCAGCGGUGCGCACCACGCACGCCAUCAACCAGGGCUUCCGCACGACGCGCGGCGUGCACUCGCGCUUCGACGACCAGCGGCUGACGCUGCGCAUCCACCGCGGCCGCGGCUCGCUCAACAGCAACCACGACGGUGGCGGCGGCGGCUCCGGCAGCGGACAGCCCUCGCCCAGCCCCUCCUCGGUGGCCGGCCGGUCGCCGUCGGCGCGGCGUGUCAAGAUCAGUGUCAGGAGGAUCCGGCGGCGCAGCAGCAGCGACAGCGGGAGCGGCACGGCGAUGCUGGGUCCAGGAGCUGUGUCUGGUGGGGGCGGAGAGUCCGCGGGGGGCAGUGGAGGCGGCGGAGGCGGCGGUGGCGGCGGCGGAGACAAGUCUCCGUCGCCCACGUACGAGGAUAACGGCAGCGGCGCUGCAGCCUCCGGGGGCGGCUCUGCCUGUGGAACAGGGGGCGGCAGCGGCCGGCCCAAGCUCAUCUCGCGCAUGGGCAAGCGCAACAUCAAGUCCCAGGUGAAGCGGUUCCGCAUGGAGACGAAGGCUGCGAAGACGCUGGGGAUCAUCGUGGGCGGCUUCAUCGUGUGCUGGCUGCCGUUCUUCACGAUGUACGUGGUGCGCGCCUUCUGCAGCGACGCCGAGUGCAUCCCGGCGCCCGUCUUCUCCGUGCUCUUCUGGCUCGGCUACUGCAACUCCGCCAUCAACCCCUGCAUAUACGCGCUCUUCUCCAGGGACUUCAGGUUCGCCUUCACGCGCAUCCUCUGCCGCUGCGCCGGCGGCCGCGGUGGCUGGGGGCGGCGCGCUGCGAGGCUGCUCCGAGCAACACCAGCAGCCGAGGCGAGUGUACCGGCUGCCGGAGAUUUGCGGACACCACCUCUGCCAGGCAAUUUGGAUGCCCAUCCCCAGGGACGAAGGUAG